CUUUGCCGGCGGAACGGCGGUGUUGGCGGCCGCGGCCCGGCGGCGUGCGGUGCGCCAUGCCCGUGCGUUUCAGGGGACUGAGCGAAUAUAAGAGAAACUUCAAAUGGAAAAGCCCAGAGUUUUGUAGCCCAUCCCGACAGCAGAAAUCCUCGUGGGCAGGACUUCGGUCGGAUCAGUUUGGAAUCACAAGAGAGCCGCACUUCAUUUCCAAGAGAAGGGUACCUUACCGUACUCCACAGAUUUCAAAGUCUUUUGAAUGGACAGCAGAUUGUGAUUUGAGUGAUCCACUUGAAACUGAAGCUCUUAGGACGACAGAGUUGCACACAGACCACAAUCACAAUGAUGUGAAUCAGGACAAAAUUGAAACGCCGGAAGGACCCAGAGUCUCCCCAGAAGUUUGGUCAGGCCCAGUAAGUUCCAGAGGUGAAACAGCCCUUGCCCUUGCAGAAAACAACAUGAAGAGGUUGCCCUCUACAGCUCCACCAAAUCAAAAUGAAGCAUUUUCAUCUCCAAAAAAAGAAUCAGAAAAAAUGGGUAACGAGUUUCACAGAGUCCUCCAGAGGAAAGCAGGCAUGGAUAUUUCACGUUUAAAUACUUUUCCUAGAAAUUCUGAAUAUCAAAGCCAGUUUGUUUGGAAGAGUCCUCAUGAAAAGUCACCAAUACUUGCAGCUGAACAGGUUAUUCGCAACAUGAAUAAAUCUGUACCUCAGCUUAAAUCUCCUGCAAUUACUUCUGAAACUGCAAAUGAGAGAAAUUCCAAAGGAUCUCCUCCUGUUAAGGGUCCACAAGAGAGAGAGGGCUCAGAAGAUAAAGAAUUGCCAGUUUGUGAACAAAGUGAGAGGGAAGAACCGUUUCAAAAGCCAGCAGAAGAUGCAGCAAAACAAGGGAAAUCAGAACAGAAACAUCCUAAACAAAAAAAUAAGCAACAUGUCAGGCCAAAGCCCCUCUCUUUACAUACAAGUCGUGGGAAAGUGAACACUGAAUAUAGGUCAAAAUUUUUGUCUCCAGCCCAGUAUUUCUACAAAGAUGGAGCUUGGACUCGUAUUAGGAGUAAAGGUCCUAACCAGGCAUCUCAAAACACCCUAAAUUCCAUGUGGUAUAUGGAGGUGAGAGAACUUCGAGAGAGAGCAAAGGCUUACAGGCAGCGAGUAGAGGGAACGCACUUCUCCAGAUACCAUCUCAAUCAGAUCUUGUCUGAUAAUAACAGUCUUUGGGAUGUGUCCUCAAGUUCCAGUUCAGACGAAGGCAUCAGCAACAACAUCAGAGCACUGGAUCUUGCUGGAGUUUCAGAAAGAGAGACUGCACCAAGCCCCAAAAUGCUGCAGCAGCCUGACUCCAGAGAACAGCCACACCAGGACAGCACUGAGAAGAAUGGCUUGUCAGAUGCUUUAACUGUUCCAGUCAAAAGGCGUUUAGCUUGGGGGGAACAAAAAGAUACUGAAGAAAGGGAGAAUCAGCCAUCAACGGAAGGGAAAGAAAACCAAGACAGAUCGGCUGAAGUCCUGGCUCAGCACUUAGGAGAAAACAAUAAGGAUACCAGUGAAGAUAAGAAAAUUGAAGGUGAGAAUGCCUUAGUCUUGAAUCCUUCUGCAGCUGUGUCAGAUUCUUCUUCUGCAUCCUCGAGGACAGGUGGCAGGCUUCCUACUCCAAAGCUGAGAGCGCUUGGUGGAGCACCGAGGACUCAUCAUGAUCUCACUACCCCAGCUGUUGGAGGUGCGGUUCUAGUGUCUCCUCCUAAAUUCAAGCCUUCAUCUUCCCAGCAGAGAACACGAGGUUUAGGAACAGACCCUUCUUCAGCUAAGCAAGGUGCAAGAGAAUUUUCAAAAAGAAGGUCCUUCCAGCCUAAUGCAGAAGUAGAAGAUAUUUCACUCCUUACCUCUCAACCUGCUGGGCUGGAAACUUUGGAUCCUCUGCCACUUAGGCAGGAUCAGUGGCCUCCUAAGAAUGUCUCUGAUGAGCAAGUUCCUCUUGCUUCAGCCCAACAAGAGCAUUUGUCUACACUUCCUGUGCUGAAGUCAACCAAAAGCUACUCUAUGCCUUACUGGAAUCCCUCUCCUCGUAUUCAAGGGACUCUCAAGGAUCCAGAAUUCCAGCAUAAUGGGAAUGUUGGCAAUCCAAAAAUGAGAUCUUUCCAGUUACCCCUUCAGGAAAGAAACUAUAAUGAUGAAGAUGACAGGAUGUCUCAGAUUUCUGCUCGCUCGGCAGCAUCUAGCUCACUUGCAUCUCAGAUACUGGAACGAGCUCAGAAGAGGAAGGAUUUCUGGGGCAAGACAUAAUCUCUCCCACUUGUACAGAAAUUGUUCUGUAAAGUGAUAUGGUUUGUAGUGUAAAUUUUAAAAGAUUGAGAAUGUAGAUAUCAUGCAGCAUCCUUUCAGUUAUCACUAAUAUGGCCCAACUUUUGGGACUUGUCAUCCUAAUAUAAUUUCAUUAUUUAAAUCAGUGUUGAAAAUGUAGAUCCUUUAUAUCUGAGAGUUAUGACUUAAUUCACUAUGUGACAACAACCAUGUGUGUGUGUGGGGUUGUUGUUUUAUUUUACAGUGGCACCUCUUGAUAAUUACAUUUUUAUGGAACCUGCAUAUUACUUUUCAAGGUAUUCUGCAAUCAUGCAGUAUGACCUGGGACAGUAUUCAGGGGGAGCACUAUCCUUCACCAGACACCUCAGUUGCUUGAUUUUAACCAUCCAUCUUAAGGGCAACUGUGGUAUAGUUUUUAUGUUACUGUAUGAAUUGUCAGUACAACCCAAUGCUGUAACAAAAAGUUACUUUUUCUACUUAGUACUUUUAACCUGUUACCAAAAAAUUCUUACUGUUUCUUAAUGACACUAACAUGGAAGUUUGAUAAAAGGACACUAAGUGAUAGGGUUUGUUCUUUGUCCACAGUUUUUUUGUCCAGGAUGGCCAUUAGAGUUCAAUGUGAACAUUACUGCAGUUUUUCAGAUGUACUGAUGUGAACAUUUGUUUUUUUGUGGGCAAGACCUCUGUUUAGUGUUUAGUGUUAAUUUCAACUUGUCUAGAAAAAGCAACCUCAGCCACCUGCAGCAGUGUCCUUCCCCAGCCCCACUUCAAACUCAGGUAUUUAGGAGUAGUUGAUCUCUCAAAGGAAACUCAAAAGAAUGCUUUUUCUUGAGUGACAUUUUUAUUACCUCUCCUCCUAGUUGCCUGUUUCUGGGAGACUGACAUACUGUUACGAUUGUCACCAUGAAGAAUGUUUGAGAUUUAUGCUGUCAGCUUCUUUAUCUUUCCAAGUGAUACAAACAAGUUAACAGGAAAUUGAGGAAGUAGGUGUCUAGCAGGCCGUUUGUUUCUUCACGUGUGGCUUCAAGUUUUAAUACUACUUCAUUUGGAAAUUUUGUACAAGAACAAUUUGAAUUUUGUACGUAUUUGCUUACAUUUGGAUUUUGUAAACAAUUACUUACA